CCGGGUUGCAGGCUUGGAUUGUUCUAGUAGCGGUAGCAGGGAGCAAGGUGUCGCCAUGAGUCUCACCCCGCCGGUGUAUUGGGCGCAGAGGCACCAUGAGCUGUACCUCCGGGUGGAGCUCAGCGACGUGCAGAACCCAGACGUCAGCAUUACGGACAAUGUGCUGCAUUUCAAAGCUUUGGGACACGGUGCUAAAGGGGUUAACACAUAUGAGUUUUCACUGGAAUUCCUUGAACCUGUAAAGAUGAAGGUUCUACAGCGAUCCACUCAGCGCCAUGUCAACCUAACUGUAAAGAAGGCUGAAAGCCACUGGUGGCCUCGCUUGACCAAGCAGGAACGGAAACCACUGUUCCUGAUCCCAGACUUUGACCGCUGGCUUGAUGAAUCUGAUGCCGAGAAGGAGCUCAGGGACAAGGAAGAAGAGAGAAUAACAAAAAUAAGAACAGAAUCUAGAAUCCGACAAGAUCCUUUCCUCUACUUGAAGCGUGGCUACCUGUUCAUGUAUAAUCUUGUGCAGUUCCUGGGCUUCUCCUGGAUAUUCGUCAAUAUGACCGUCCGGCUCUUUAUUUUGGGAAAAGACUCCUUCUAUGACACGUUUCACACAAUGUCUGACAUGAUGUAUUUUUGCCAAACCCUGGCCCUUUUGGAGAUUAUAAAUCCCUUAAUAGGAUUGGUGAAAACGGGAGUUGUGCCAGCGCUGAUCCAGGUGCUAGGCAGAAACUUUGUCCUUUUUAUCAUCCUUGGCCAAUUGGAUGAAAUGCAGAGCAAAGGAGUGGUCUUCUUUGUGUUUUACCAGUGGAGCGCCAUUGAGCUUGUCAGGUAUCCAUUCUACAUGCUGGCCUGCAUAGACGUGCACUGGAAGCUGCUUACAUGGCUCAGGUACACCAUCUGGAUUCCCCUCUACCCACUGGGUGGUUUAUCUGAAGCUAUUUGUAUCGUCCAGUCAAUAGCUAUCUUUACGGAGACGGGGAAAUUUAGCCUCCAGCUCCCAUCACCUCUAAAUGUGAAUAUCAGCUUCUCCAUCUUCCUUUCCAUCUAUCUGGUGAUCUUAUUUUUGGGACUCGCCAUCAAUUUCCGCCAUAUGCUUAAACAAAGACGGAAACGUUUGGGAAGUCGGAAGAGGAAGAUGCAUUGAUUUCUGACCACUUUUAUUAGUUUUUUUUUUUUUUUUUUAAGUGGGUGGGAUAAGAAUUUAUUUAAAAAUAUACUGUUUUGUUUUUUUGACUCUCCCGUCCCUCCAUCCUCCCACUUUAACAAAGGGGUUGUCCGGGCUACAGGUAUGAAUGACCUGUCCUUUCCUUUGUAGCAGCAGUGCGGUGUAAUUACAGCUGAUGUGCCAUUCCAGUGAACAGGAGAGGAAGCUGGAAUUGCACUGCGCCGCUGCUACAAGGGGGACGGAGUGCAGGCGAACAUUGAAGGGCGCACAGCGCUCACACAAGCACAGCUGAUUGAUGGGAGUGCCAGUGGAUCUGCUAUCCCGAGGAUAGGGCAUCAAUAUCUGUAGCCUGGGCAACACCUUGAAUACCUUUUUGUUUUCAUUGCUGGGACCAAAGGGUUAAUAAUGACUGAAUUUGUUAGCUCUAUGUUCUGAAACUACAACUCCCAAAGUGCUCCAUUCACUUCUAUGGGAGUUAGAAGAACAGUCAAGUAUGUUUGCAGGCUGAGAGUUGUAGUUUCACAGCAGCUGGCGAGCCGAAGGUUGCUGAUCUCUGCUCUAUACCAUCACCUUCACGGUAGUAGUAAUGGGUACCACUUCAGCAUGGUCGAUAUAAACCUCAGACUAGUUAAAGGGGUUGGCUACUUUCUGACUACUGUUGACCGAUAUGUAUGUCAGAUGACUAUAUGACACUUACUAAUAUAAGCUUUGUUGAUAUUCUGUGCGGUUUUCUAUAUUUCAUAAGCAAUGCCUCCUUUUAGGCAAAUCUUCUGUGCUGUCCACAUAGAGGUCCUGCCCAUCAGAUGGCCGCUGAUUAAUGGUUAUGUGACCAGACAUUACUCUGUCUCCUCCAUUCACACACACACACACACCACACCUGCACUAAACUCCCAACAGUGAAAGUGAUGGCAGAUGUGGUGUAUUUGAACGGAGGAGACAUCACAUGGAUGGGAUUUUACCAGGUCAGAAGACCCUCAAUCAGCAGCCAUUUUAUGGACAAGAUCUCCGUAUGAACAGCAGAAAAGACUUGGCAAACAAGGAGGCAUACCUUAAGAAAUAUAGAAAAUGGUCAACAGUAGCCAGAAAGUAGCCAACCCCUUUACAUUAGCAUCAGCAGAUUCGUAAAAUGUAGUUAAGAGAUGAGUGGAAUCACUUUUUGUAGUGCUGAAGUAUUUCUGGCAAUAUGUAGAAGCUGCCGCCCAAAUAUCUGCAUCCAGAGGCAUUUGUCAUGGUGUAACGCCACCAAAAUUACCUGUAUGGUCUUGCUGUAUUAUUAAAACACGAUCAUGGAAUAUAUUGUAUAAAAUUAAAGAGAACUGAGAUUUUUACUGAA